UAUUAAAUAUAGUAAUAAAGUAUGUUUUGUAGAAAGUUGCUGACACUUUUUCCGGGAGAAAUAUUCAGAAACAGGAAAGUGCAGUUUCCCCUUAAUGUUCAAGUAGCAUGUAGACCCAAUUUAGAAAUGUUAAAUCUUGUUGCAAGACAUCCAGGUUCUACACAUGACAAUGCUAUAUUUGAACAAAGUGGUCUACGAGUAAAAUUUGAAAGUAAUGAAGUACAAGGAAUUCUAUUGGGUGACAAUGGUUAUGCAUGCCGAAGGGAUUUGUUAACUCCUGUUAUAAAUCCUGUAACAGAGUCAGAAGAAAAUUACAAUCGAGCACAUAUAAGAACUAGAAAUAUAGUUGAACGCGUUUUUGGUGUCUGUAAAAGAAGAUUCCCAUGCUUGAGAAGAACACUUCAAACCGAAGAAGAAACUUCGAUCGCUAUUAUAUGUGCAACAGCAAUUUUACACAACAUUGCUAGAAACUUGAAUGAUGUCUUUCAAGAAAAUGAGCUUAACGAAGAUGGUGAUUGGGUUGUUAUUGUUAAUGAUCGACCAGGUGACGGAUUAGCCUUUAGAAGAACUUUUAUAGUAACUCAUUUUUAAUAAAUAAAAAUUGAAAAUUUC